UUACUCUAGAAAACUCUUAGCUAAAAGGCUAAUCAAAUCUCUCUAUAUUUCUAUCUUUCUCUUUUUUUCCGGCGAAAAUAUGGCGGCGUUAAGUCUACGAAAGGGAAAUACACGUCUACCACCAGAAGUAAACCGUGUAUUAUACGUUCGUAAUCUUCCAUUCAACAUCACUAGUGAAGAGAUGUACGAUAUCUUCGGUAAAUACGGUGCUAUAAGACAAAUUCGUUUAGGUACAAACAAAGAUACACGUGGUACUGCUUUCGUUGUUUACGAAGAUAUUUACGAUGCUAAAACUGCUGUCGAUCAUCUCUCCGGCUUCAACGUCGCUAAUCGAUACUUGAUAGUUCUGUAUUACCAGCAAGCGAAGAUGAGUAAGAAAUUUGACCAGAAGAAGAAGGAGGAUGAGAUAACGAAGCUUCAGGAAAAGUAUGGUAUUCCCAAAGAUAAGUGAUAGGGAAACUUCUCUUACUGUUUUCUUUCCUUAAUUAUGUAAAUUGAGCCAGUCUUAGCAAGGCGUGCAUCACCUUUUGUGGAAACUGAUCAAACGUGCCCUGGCCCCCAAAAUAUCAGAAAGAGUAGUUUCUAGUGCUUUAUCUUUUCGGAAGUUUGUAAUGGAUAGCUUUUGAGAUGAUUGUAUGUUGUCAGAUGUUUCUACCUAUAUCAUGAUGUUUUUUUGUCUUUC